GCGGACCGAGAGCUGGAGACCGGCGCCACGGGACCGGGACUGAAGCGAGCGGGCGCGGGCGCCGCGCAGAUGGCCGGGGCGAGCAAGGUCUGAGGCUCCGCUCCCCGAAACGUGACCAUGUGGAUUCAACAGCUUUUAGGACUCAGCUCCAUGUGCAUCCGCUGGCCGGGCCGCUCCCUUGGAAGCCAUGCUUGGAUCCUGAUAGCCAUGCUGCAGCUUGCUGUGGAUUUCCCGUCCUGUGAGUCCCUGGGCCCAGGCCCCGAGUUCCGGCUCCUGCCACGACCACCGCAGAGGCCCCCGCGGCUGUGGAGCCUGAGGAGUGGACAGCCGUCCCGGCUCCCUGCCCCUGUGUGGAGCCCUCGGGCGCCCCGGGCGGAGCGGGCCCAUGGGCAGAUGCUCCGUGCCAGGAGAGCCCACAGGCCCAGAGACCAGGUGGCCUCCCUCGUGCCCAAAGGGGGGCUCGCCAAGCCCCCAGCUGCUGCCAAAUCCAGCCCGUCCCUCACUUCCUCCUCCUCGUCCUCAUCCUCCGCGGUGGCCGGAGGGGCCCCCGAGCACCAGAGUCUCCUGCGGCGGGGGAAGAGGCACGUGCAGGACACUGGUCUCAGUAGCUUCGACUUCAGGGGCAGCAGGCCCACGACAGAGACAGAGUUCAUCGCCUGGGGGCCCACGGGGGACGAGGAGGCCCCGGAGGCCAACACUUUCCCGGGCGUGCAUGGCCUCACCACGGUCCCCAUCUUACAAACACGGAAGACGACUGUGGCCACCACCACCAUCGCUGCCACCACGGCCACCUCCAUCACGCUGCAGACCAAGGGGGUCACUGCCUCCCCGGAUCCCCGGAGAAGGGUCCCCGCUGGGGCUAGCACAACGGAGCCUUCCCCCAGGCCCAGCAACAACGGGAAAGACAGCAAGCCCCCCCGGAUUCUGGGGGAGACCUCAGGUUUGGCUGUGCAUCAGAUCAUCACCAUCACCGUCUCCCUCAUCAUGGUCAUCGCUGCCCUCAUCACAACUCUUGUCUUAAAAAAUUGCUGCGCCCAAAGCGGGAACACCCGGAGGAACAGCCACCAGCGCAAGAUCAACCAGCAGGAGGAGAGCUGCCAGAACCUGACGGACUUCACCCCGGCCCGGGUGCCCAGCAGCAUGGACAUCUUCACGGCCUACAACGAGACGUUGCAGUGCUCCCACGAGUGUGUCAGGGCGUCCGUGCCCGUGUACACCGACGAGACGCUGCACCCCUCGGGGGAGUACAAGUCCACGUUCAAUGGGAACCGGUCCUCCUCUGCUGACCGGCAUCUCAUCCCUGUGGCCUUUGUGUCUGAGAAAUGGUUUGAAAUCUCCUGCUGACUGGCGGAAGGCUUUUUUACCUCCUGGGGGCAGGGCGGACGCCACGUGUCUGCUUCAGGAUUCCGUUGGUGAACCUGUAAAAACAAAACAAACAAAAACACAAAACCUAAAACUAAACUCUCCGAGGGGGAGGUCCCCGCACCUCCCACUUCUGUUUGCCGGUGGGAAAAUCCGCAGCAGGACGCUCUAGGCCAAAUCUAUUUUUGUAAAAAUUGCUCACGCCUAUGGGUGACUGCCUUCUUCCAGAGUUUUCUUUGGAGAACAGAAAGAAGAAAUGCAAGAAGGGGGACCGGAGACAGAGGGAGGCCAAGAGGAAAGGACAGGAGGCCACCAAAGCCUGGGAUUUGUACCACGAUUCUGAACCUGUGCCAAUAAUACCAUUAUGUGCCAUGUACUGACCGAGAGCCUCGGCCCAGAGCCGGAGCCGAGCAGAUCACGUGUCGAAAUCUUACAGAAAACAGGGGUGGGGUUCUCUUCCGAUAGAGUCACUAUUUCUGGUUAAUAUACAUAUAUAAAUAUAUAAAUACCAACAGACAGACACACACACACGCGCACAAACGCACAAACACACACACACUUUUUUUGUACUGUAGCAAUUUUUGAAGACCUUCAAUGUUCCUUUUUAAAAAAAAUUGUGUUAUAGGUUACAAAAUCCAAUUUAUUUAACAUGCUUAGUACGAACAGAAUAAACUGGUAUUUUCUACUCUGGCAACCUCACAGGCAUAGCGCGUACACACACACACACACACACACACACACACCCCUGCACACACACUCACACACGCAUAUAUACGCCUAUAUUGGAAAUACAGUUCCACAGGUGAGCAUGGUCUUCAUUCUUCCUGGUGACCUGGUAUUUCAUGCAUCCUGGGGGACAGCCUCGGCCCAGGUGACGAGGCCCUUAGUGACACAGAUACUUGCUGAGUGCCACCAACGUGUGACUUGUCAUCUUGGGCCAGAAUUAAGAACACCACGGUUUUCUAUACAUAUGUACACACCUGUGCACCCAUGUUCCCCUCUGCAUUCAGUUGUUGGAAGAUGCGAUCUAACGGCUGCGCGCACAUAUGCGUGGCUGGCUGCCGAGAAGGGGCCUGGCCCCAGGCUGGGUGGGCGGUGGGUUCCUGGACAUUUGUGUUAUACAGCAUAGACUGAAUUAAAGAAAUUUUCCAGUUCCAAACAGCAGAAGCAUACAUCCUUCCAGGUGUGCGCGCGCACGUCGGGGCCACACGCGAGUGCUCGGGCCCCAGUCUGGGGAUGAAAAGCAGCGUGGAGAGAGGGUGCCCAGUACGUUCUGAGUGUCCCCCCACGCCUUGGUGGGCAGGCGCUGCCGCUUUUACUUGGGCCCGGGGUGACUGUGAAGGUCAGUGGGAACCAGGGCAAGUCGCCGCAGCCAGUGUUGCGUUUCCUGGUCAACAACCCCAGCAGGCCCCUUCCCAGGGACACGGGUCCAGGCUGGGGCCUGGUGACAGAGAAGGCCCCCCACCUAGAAAUACGGCUCCCUGAGCCCCACGUGCUGUUCGUAGGCACUUGGUGAGGGACCUGGGGAUCCAUCUCCUGGCCCCACGUCCUGCCCUAAAAGCAGAAGCCCAGAUCAGAUUUGAGGGUCAUUCUCCAAAGGAUGAGUUUCCUGUGUGGCCAGCGUGACCUCCAUCUCACUAGUAGAAUGUGUGACCAGACUGAGGGACCGUGUGACCAGACUGAGGGACCUUUAAAGGCCAGAGAGACGGCAGUGCUUGUGCCCCACCCCGUCCCCAGCUAGUAGGGGACUCAGUCUCCCUCUGAGACACCCUGAAGCAUGUGGAUAUGGAAGCUGUCCCUGGAAGGAAAGGGAAAGGGCUCCUGCACCACGUCCUCCCGCAGGCCACACCCACGCACGGCUCAGAACCAGGGAAGUGGUUCUUUUGGUUUUUGGUCUUUGUUUUGUCCUUUUCCUUGAAGAUUUGGCACUUGCCAAGACAUGGCCAGCAUCUGCCCCUGGCCCUUGGCUGUCCUGGGUUCCUGAGACUCAGACUCGCCUGCAUGGCAUCUGUGUAGUGUCACCUGUCCCCUUGAGCCCCUCUCUCCCUGCAGGUGGGUGCCGGGCCUCCCUUGCUCUAGGCGAACACAGCUCUGUGUGAGCACACCACAAGGGCUGGCGGCUGGCCAGAGGCGGCCCAGCUGGACUUGGGUGUUCUGAGUGCCAGGGAGCCCAGUCAGGAGGCUGACCCUCCCCACACCCUGCAGCAGCCUCUUGGCGUGGGCUCAGGGCAGGGCUGCGAGUUCCCCCCAGGGAUGAGCCCAGAGAAGCAAAGGUGGCCCAGUGCACACCAGUCUAGAGAGUCCAUGCUACUCCAGCAACACUCCCUGGGCACCGUGUCCCUGUGCAGGAGGGAGGGAAUGCAGAGAUGUCCACUGUCAGGUGCUUGCCACACCCCUCUGACCCAGGGAACAUCUGUGGCCUUGGGGGUGGCACAGGAAAGGGCUCAGCCCACCGCAGUGAGGGAUGCCCAGCUGCAGCUCAGGGUGCGCUGCAUCAGGCCAGGUGCAGGCUCAGCACUCGUCCACCAGUGGACACCCCAAGCCCCAGGCCUUGCCUUUUCUGUGACUUUUUUCCUCAUAAGAAGUGUCCAAGAGAGGGUGACACAGUUUGGUGAGGUCCCCAGAUUUUUGUCUAUUCCCCUGUGUACCUUUGGCUUCCCUGUCACAAGUCCCCGAGGCAGCAUGCUGGCCAGUGUCCAUUGGCCACCUGUUGACCCUUUAAGUUUUUGAAACAGUCGGUUUGGCUCUUGAGAGAUAUCUGCUCUUUCCUGAAGGCUUGGUCACUUUACAUGCCUGAUGUCACUUUUAUCUGGCUGGGAUAUGAGUGUAAUGGCUUUUGUUUCUGAGCUUUGGGUGUGAAAGGGGAGCGUCCUGAGCCUUCCUCACUGGGCCUGGCUCCAGCAAAGUCCAAGGUAAGGCCAAGCCGUGUGCCUGCCCACGCCCCUCCAUCUCUGCCCUCUGGGGCUCUGUGUGGACUUGUGGAGACCCGGGUAGGGGCUGUAAGGGUUCCCGCUCAGGGUGGGUGUUGCACAGAAAGGACACACCCUCGGAUUCCUGCUUCUGGCCCUCCCCAGGCUUGGGUCUGAGCAGAUUCCUCCUGCGGCCUUCAGUGCCCAGGCACCUCUGUCCUUCCUGAAGCAUUUCACACUCAAACUGAGACUCACCAGAACCUCUCCCACUGUGAAUUGCACCAUCAGGAAACCAGCCAUCGCCACUGUGCUUUCUCCAUCUUGCGUUCAUCUUUCUUCUCUCCUCACAGCCAUGUUCUGACAUCAGGCAGAACCUUCCUUACGGGUUUUGAUAUUUAGGCAUUUUGUGCGUAGAUGUCCGAUCUGGCAGCAGGGUCAUAAAAUGAGCACAUCACUGUGGACUGUCUCUGCUUUGACUCUCUUGCCCACGGAGAGAGAUUCCAUCCUUUCAGCUUCUUCCAGAUGGUCCAGAAUCUUCCAAAGCUGAGAAAGCUGAGCUGACUCCAGUGUCUUGGAAGACAAAGUAGGGAAACAGCCCUGAGUCUGGGAUCCCAGUAGCAUCAGUCAGGCUGCAUCUUCCCAGUGGUUCAUUCCAAAAUGGCGCCAGGACCUACCUUUCCCUUCUCCCUCGGUCGCCAUCAUCCCCCUGUUUCAUCGGGGAGAUCUCAGCAUCAUGGAGCCUGAUGCUCCACUGGGUUAUUCUCCUCCCGUUUUCCGCAAACACAUCCCUCCAGUAUGAUGGAAAAAGCGCCCAGACUCCUGACUCCUGGAGCCAUUCUUGCUUAGUUGGUGAGUUCUUUAACAAGACGCCGCUCACACCAGCAGAUGGAAGGGAGGCGGCUCUUCCAGACUCACCAUAAUCGGCCCAUUGUGCGUCCAUCCUCUUAUUCACAAGAACUCCUUGUUCGCCAUGGUGGCCAUAUGGCUGGGAGCAAGAGGAGCAAAGUCCUGCCCUUGGAGGUGCAUUCUACCAUGGGAGGAGCAGAUACUUAGCAAAGAAGCACACAAAAUAGUUUUGAGAGAAACAAAAGAGGCAGAGCAGCCGGAGGGGAGCAGGUGUCUGUACGUCCUCCUGCCAUCCGUCCCCUGGGGAAUCACCACUAGCUCACUGAAGGACAGUGUGGGGUUGGAGGGGCAAGAAGAGAGCCCACGCUUACCUCUUGGAUAAGAAUACAGUGCAUGGCUGAGGGUAGGACGUCCAUCAUCACCACGGCUCUGCCUGGCUUUGCACCAAGGCCCUCGCGCCUUGCAGCCAGGCAGCCAGGUGGUCCUCCAGGGGAAACAGGCAGGGCCAGACCCUGCCCUCCAGCCAUUUCCAGACCCCAGUCAGAACUUGCCCCGUCUGAGUGCUGUCUGCCCUGGACCCUCCUCAUGCUCAUUCCACCUGCCAAGUCAGGUCAGCGGGUCUCAAGGAGGACGGGGUUUUUGGCCAACAGAGCCAGCCAGAGGCAGCCAUCUUUUCUGGUACUGGAAAGCAGCUGCCUUUUCAAAAAUUCCUCCCAACACAGAGCACACUCCCUUCAUCCUUCUUAAACAACAUCUGCUUUUAAGUCAGCAGUUAUUCCAAAACAGGCCGUGAUUCAUGUAAUUUUGGAAUGGUUACUUCGGUGCAGUUUGUCAAUUUGUUCUGCCCUCCUGCUUUCUGAUUGUUUGUUUGUUUUCCAAUGUAAACAGCACAGCCCACAUAAAUGAGCCAGGCUCUGGUUGUCGGAGACUCUCUGCGCACUCUUCCCACUAUCUCCACGUUGAUGCUCUGUGAGGAAGACAGGCUCCUUCACUCUGAGCCAAGUUAGUGCGUCAGUUACUCUCCACAUCAUCUGUGGGGCUCCCCGAGAGGCCUUGAAUGAUUGUUUGGCACUUAGAAUACACCACCAGCCUUUCCUUCCAAGGAGUGUGAAGUUGGUUGUGCUCGGUUUCUCCUGAUUUCUGGUUUAGAGCUCGGGUUUGGGUGUACGGAGCGAGUAGAGAGGUUUAGGGGGAGCGUGGUUCUGUUCCCCGUCCCUGGCCAUCCAGCAGAAGUGCAGGCUUCUGCCCUCCAGCCAUUUCCAGAUCCCAGUCAGCCAGCACGCAGGGGCCAGGCUGCAGAGUUCAGGGCGGUCACUGUGUGGCCAGGUGGUCCCGAGCCAGGAAUCUCUGCACAGCUCACGGAAGUCGUGAUUGUCACUUUGUCAGGGGCUGGGCAGCUUCUGCCUACCCGGAGACCAGAACAGCCAGGCCAAAGUGCUGCGGUCUGUCACAGGGUGUAGACCUGGUGGCUACAGCCAACUGAGGAAGCUGGGUGCACCUUGGCAGCCAGGUGUGGAACCAGCCGGGAGCCUCCCCGGGCUCUUCAGAGCAAUGGCGGGUGGACACAGGGCUGGGCUUCUCUCCAUGGGUUGCCCUACGCACCUGAGAUAGAUCCACAGUCCGGCUGUGAGCACACGGCCGCAGCCAGUUGUGAAGACAACCCAGGAGAGUGGUCAGCUCGUGUUAAUGCAGCCCGUGUUGGUGCUGGGAGUGUGACGUCAAUCCUCCCAGCAGUUCCACUGCCCUGUCCUCCUGACAAGAGUCCUCUCGACUGAACCCAUAACUGAGUCCUACUGGGCCACCCUGGCGUAAGGCACAGUAUAAGUGCGGCCAGCUUGUGCAUCUAGGCCACUUGGGGUGGAGAGAGCGAGACGUGGGGCAGGGGGCACAGGGGCAGCAGCUGUGGCGUCUCCUCUGUAGGUUGGAAUCAGAAGGCACACGGGCCACGAACUGUAUUCCAUCAACUGGGCUCCUGUGCUGAGCCCGGGGAGUGGCUGAGCCUCCCCGAGGGCUGCAGUGGCUCUUGUCAGCCAGUCUCUUGAAUCACACAGCCCAACGUCGGCUCCGUAGCAGGCGUGCAUGCAAACAGCAUCGGGGUGUAGGACAUUCUCCUUUAUAAGUAAAUGAGUUUUGUCUCCGGUGGGUUUUCUCUUACAUGGAAUGUCCCGGAGACUAGCGUUCCUGUGUUGAACUGAAUACCCAAGACAACUCCCUGGAAGCUCGGUCCUGAUGCAGGUGAAACCCAGCCGGUCACCUGGCUGCUUAGCUUUUGCCAGAUUUUUGAAAUUCUGCAAUAAAAAUCUGUAGUGGCGAUGCUUAUAGCUUUGAGUUGGCAGAUGUCAGAUAAUGGGAAAAUUAUCGCUUCCAGAGACUCAGGGAUAGCUUUAGCCACGAAAGAAGCAAGAACACUCUGCAGUCCUGAGUUCUGUUUGGGUACCAUUAUGUCCCGUGAAGACUUGUAGCCACUAGAAAUCUAGAAUAGGUGGCAUUUUGAGAGAUCUGUGUAUAAUUGGCCCCAAUCAUCGUGUGGGGAACUGAAGGCACCAACACGUUCCACCAUCCCGAGGCCACAGUCCCACUCCUGAUGGAAUCCUCCCAGCCUUCUCCAUUCUUCAUCCUAAACCAACAGGGGUGAUCUCAAACCCACUGUGGCUCGCCAUCCCCACCUCCAACCUUUGGAGGAUGAUUUGGGGAUGGAAGGAGAAGGGGUGACGUUCUGGUCUUUGGAAAGCCAUGUGCUGUGCGACACAGUGGCAAGGCAAGAGCAUUGCUUGACAGGGUUUCUAGAUCCUGGCAGCCACCACGUCCAGAAGGAACCCAUUUCCUCUGUCCCCAAAGUCUCUGCUGGGUGGGAUUCCCCUGCGUCAUUUCUCUUGGGUGCGUGUGGAUGCCUAAUAUCAGGUUAUGGGGCCACCUACGACGUAUGGUCACAAAGCAACAGGGGUGCUUUAUCUUGGGUGUGCAAGUCCACAUGACCCUAGAAAGUUCUGGGAGUGGGCUCCCUGUGGUACUCCUGGAUGUGGUGUCACAUCCACCUGCAAGCACGAUCCUCCCAGUCAGGAGCCUGGAAGGCAAGGAGGGCUGCGGGUUGGACACCGGCGUGCAGGACAGGUCAGGCAUUUGGCCCGCCCUCCUUGGGCUGGGCUCCCAGGACCUGCAGACGUGUUUUCUGGGAUUUGCGGUGUCACAGUUGGGUGACCUCCCGUGAAGCCAGGGAGUGAGAGGCUCUGGAAAAGUUCUACCGAGUGUUGAUGACUUUGAGCCUUAAAGUUGAACUUCCAACCUGGGUUACACAUAGGUUCAGUGUCACAUGUCCCAGUGGUCAGUGUGAAGACAGAGGACUCAGUCUGCGGCACAUGGAAGAGGGGCGUGAAAGGGAAAGGUGGAGAUUUUACACAUUUUGAUAGAAAAUACUAUGUUUUAGUGAAAAUCUGAAAGUUGUUUUCUUAAAAAACUAGAGAGUUUUGCUUUUUGAUUUUCCUCAUUUUCUGGUGGCCCCCUCAGGACCGUUUAUUUCUCUAACUUUCCUCAACAAACACGAUGGCGGGUAUUGGGUCCAGGGCAGGGUUGCCCUCCAGUUGAAAAGGAACUUGAGUGGCCUCAGUGAUCACGUUUAUUUGAUUCACCGUUGGUCCACGGAUGGAUGAAGAUGAAGGGGUCUGUAAAUACGUCACUCCAUCCCUGUGCCACUCACUGCUGGGGAGUCUCCAAGCGAGACCCAGAAAGGGUUAAACUAGGUGCUGGAGGAAGCUUAAGGCAGUGCAUAGAUAAUUCAUUUUUAAGUCUUUCAUGAUUUUUUUUCCCCAAAAAAGGAAUACAUGUUUACUGCAGAACACUUAGAAAAUUCCAAUAGCCAAACAGAAGGGAACAUCUGAAAUCCUUCACUCAUUGUUUAAUUUUCUGGAAACCAUUCCCUCAAUGCUGCCUGGUGGGGAGAGCUCCGUGCUCCCUGCUGGGUUAACACGGAGGGGUGCAGGUUGGAUCUGGCCCCAGACUCACUGUGUGAGGAGGAAGCCCAGGGAGCGCUCUGUGCGUGCUGGCCAGGUGAACUAGCCUCAGACUGCACUGGCCACGACCCUGAGGGCAUCUCUGUGAGUAGGUGGAGAGGGCAGCCAGCCAGGAGGACGCUGGGCUGGGCUUUCACAUCAUCAAGCAGUGGACACGGGGCCCAUCUGGGCGUGGGGAUGGGUACACAGGAUGGUGGGGACACCCAGAUGGCGGACAGACACACCUGAGGAGCAGAGGGCCACUUCCGUUUCCCACUGCCACACUCCCGGGGUGUUGGAGUCCGGCUUGAGCUCACCAGGUCUUGUCACGUGAACUCAGCCAAAGCCCGUUGUCCCCCGCCCCUCCCAGCUCACCCAUGGAGCUGGAAACACAGACCAGGGCCAGAAACACCGGGCAGCAGGGCCCAGGGUCUGCCUCCCCAGGCCUUGAGCCGAAUGUGUGGACCUUCCCUCCUCCCUCUGCUCCUGGACAGCAGAACCGAGCUGAUUUUGAUUUUACUGAAUUAUUUUCUGAUACAAUGAACCAUUGGCUGUCUAUUUGUACUUGGACACGAAUCACGUGUUCUUUUUGGGAGGGAAACAGAAGUCCCAGUUUACACGUUCACCACACGUCCCCGUGGCUGUCUCUGGACACGUCUUCGUCUCCUUCUUGGAAGGGUUCAAUUAUUGUGUUAAUGCUGUGUUUUUCCUUUAAUGCAAACCAUGAUCAUGUCAAUAAACAGGAGCAACGCAAAUAUUCAG